CCACGGCAUCUGCAAAAAUGAGAAAAAUGCAAACAAAGGGUCCUCGUGAGACUGAAAAAUAAAAGAUCAGGAGCUCACUUGAGAUGUUUGCAUGAAGAGCUCCCACCUGAAAAAGUCUGGGCUGUUGUUCUCCUCUAAUGCUGUGAAAUGGGAAUUUUCUAAUUGAAAUUAGAGGAAGCAAAGAAACUUUUUAGCUUAAGACAUGAACAGCAAAUAAAUAAUCCUUUCUGAGUAUGCCUUCCCCUGGCUGUUUCUGCACGUGCUGUGUUUGAGUACAUGUAUGUUGGUCAUAUAGUGCUACAGCAUUUUUAACUCAUCGUUCAUUGCCCCAAGUGAGAGAUACAUAUAAAGAAAGGCUUGGUUUCUUUUUUAGUUACUGGAUCUAGGUCAGUGGGAGGGCUGAUACUAACAGUAGCUGCAGGAAAGUUUAGGUGAUUAGAUGGCUUUUGCAUUUAGCUUUGAACACAGUGAAAUUUGGGGCAGUUCUUCUGUAUGAGUGUGCCUCACUGUUUGUGUCCCGCUGCUGUGAGGUUCUUUCUGUAUUUGUCUCCCUAUUGCCCCAAGGAAAAGGUACUGGCACAGGGAUUCAGUAAGAGGUGGUCCUUCAGGCAGCAAAACUCGCAUCUGUUCAAAGUCCUGAAGAGCAGAGGAGCACAGGCUGGGAAUAUGUGAUGAGGAAUCACUGUAGGGAGAUGCAGCAUGGGGCGCCAUAUACCCAGCAGAGCACUUUUGCGUACGCCCGUGUCACAGCUUUCUCCCUCAAUAUUGAGAGUCAAGUCACUAGAGCCUCAGCGUGACCAUAGCCAGAGGGAGGGCGGGCUGGCUGGGGUGUGCUCCCCGGGCCAGUCACAAAGAGAGGAGUGCAUGUGUGCUCUUGGCACCUGCAGUGGUGGCCACAUGCAGCGCAGAGCUUGGACGGGCUCUGAGACUGCAGAUGGACCUGCCAACAGGCUGCUGGGCUUUGGGUCUCUCUAGGUCCCACAGGAGCAGUGCUGAGCACCACGGGGUGGUUUUUCUUUGUAUCCUGCUAGCUUUGGAAGUCUCAUCUCUGGAAAUGCCAGACCUUUUUCACUCCCAUGGGAGCCGUCUCUCAGCAGCAACUUGCACGACUGCUCUGUAAGGUCUGCGUCAAACAGACCUGGACAGGUCUUGGUGUUGGUGUGGUUGGAAUGAGGGAGCCGCACUGGUGGGAGCAUGAUGACCUUUGGAAGCUCGCUGGCUGAUGACCGCAUCAGUUUCUCUAUACGCAGGGCUAGUUUCCUUCCUUGGGAAGAACUCUGUGCUUACACCAGGAGUUUGUUCACCCAGCAGCUUUGUAGACCCAAGGGGAAAGGAAUGGUUAAGGAAUGGCUUUUCUCCACCCAAUUCAGUCCAGGCCUAGUACUGGUAGCUGAAGGAGGGCUGUGGGCAGCCCCCCUCUGCCAUUGCUUCUGUAGGAGCUCUGUGAUUCUUAGAACUCCCCUGAGUUUUGGGUUAUCAAGCGCCCCUUGUUGCAGCUGCAUCAACUGCAGAAUGGCUCAUUUACCAAGCACAACAAGGGGCUCCUGUUUGGGCAGGAUUCCACUGGCAGUCCAUGCCUGAACUGGAGACCUUUGAUAUUUUGGCUGGCAGACUAGUUGUCUGUGCCCUGCUUGGUAUUUCCCUGUAAAAUACGCUCUAGGUUGUCCUUUCUUUAGGAGACAUUACCCUUCCUCCCACUUGUUUUUGAGUCCAUGCAUCACUGUGAAUGCUCUUAGCUGGAAGGUCCACCCCUUUCUGCACUGAGCAUGCAAACCCACUACCAGCUGCUUCCUUGCCAGACAGCACAGCAUUCCAGCUUAGGAGGUGUCUUUGAGUUCCUGCAGCUGGACACAUCUGCAUUUCCAGCUUUGCUUCCUGGAAGGGACAUUUUAAAUGUACAGCACAGCUGCAUACUGCCAGAAAGAACAGGAACAGGAGAGCCACAAGAGAUUGGGCUGCUUUGGGCUGGUAUUUCCAGUGAUCCUUACACUGCUGCUUUUUGUGGAUGUCUUGCCUGCUGUUACCCAGGGAUGACAGGACACAUUGGAGGAAUUAAUGAAUUGUUCUGGUGAGAAGAGUACACUUGCCUAUGACACGCUUACCUUUUGAUCGUGUUGAUAUUUCGAUCUCCUCCUUGCCUUUGAAAUUACAUGGAGUUUUCUCUUUCCUCUUUUUUAGAGAAAAAGGUUUAGAGAGACAUGGAGCUUGAAAGAAUCAUUCGAGACACACUGACAUGCUUCAUCCAGUCCCACAUCCCUGCUGCAGACCUCAGUGGGAUGGAUGAUGUUUUCUUCUCUUACAUUACGGGUGUCCUGGAAGAGCUGGGUUCACCAGAGUCUUCUGAGGAGACCUUUGAUAUGGACACCUUUGUGGAAAUGAUGGAGGCAUAUAUACCUGGUUUUGCAGAAAUCCACAGCGGGGAUGUUUGUGAAAUGAUGUUCUCUCUCUCAGAAAGGCUUGGUGAAGCUCGCAACAAAGAAAAAAGUGGCCAAAAGGCUGUGGAAAGCGGGAGCGAAGCACCCUCUGAAGACCUGACCGAGGGCCAGGAGCCUGGAGCUGGAGCCUGCAACGGGGAAAGGCUGUGCACUCCAACAGACGGAGCCAGGGCCCAGGAAGGCGAUGACUUGAAGGAUGGGGUGGAGCUGCUACUGGAGAUGUUCCCAGCCUGUACCGUGAACCAGGCAGAGAAGGCACUCGCCAUGGCCUUGGGGAACCUGGAGGAGGCAGUGCAGUUAAUUGUGGAGGAGAAGGUGGAAAUUGGCCCAGCAGGUGCGGGUGUGAAGGAACUCAUACGGCCACGCAGAGCACCCAACCACGAGGAACUAAAACAGGUUAUCCUACAGAAAUAUAUGAUGGUGGAUAGUGCAGAUGAUCAGAAAACACAUCGGCCAGCUCCGCCCAAAGAGGCUCCCAAGAAGCUGAUCCGCUAUAUCGAUAACCAGGUGGUGAGUACAAAGGGAGAGAGGUACAAAGACAUCAAGAAGCCUGAGAGUGAGGAGAUGAAGAGAACCUACAUCAGCCUCAAACCAGCCAGGAAGUACAAGUUCCACUGACAGCCAGGUUCUCCUGCUCUUC